AUGACGAUGGAGAUAUCGCCCGACAUUCGACCACCGAGUCGUGGUGUCGGCGGUCUCGGUGAUGCCUGUGACACGAUCCUCGCCACGCUCUUCGUCGUUGGCUGUUUCAUAGCGUGCAAAAGCUCAUACGACUGUCUCAGACGAUGGCGAGGGAAACUCAACGUCGUGGUCAUCGGAUGCGGCCCAGUUGGCCUCACCGCGGCCCUGGUCGCCGUCCGAAGCAAGCGAGCGAAGAAGAUCACCAUAUUCGAGGAGAAGAGGCGAUCGCAGCUCAUGGACCGGCCACACCAAAUCGGCAUCGAGCCGAGGACUGUCGGGUUCUUGAAAAAACUGGGGGUGGAUUUUGAUAACAUGGAGGGAUGCUGGCAUCAGGAGAAAUUCUACACGAGGAUUGGAAUAUUUCAGGAGCAUAUCCUGAGUCUGCUUCAACAGAUAGUCGAACCUCCUCUCGAUAUCAAACUAGGGACUAAGUUUGGAACCGACCAUGUGAACAAACUGACCUCUCCUCGGGCCCUCACCCUCGUGAUCGUCGCAGACGGCAUCAGGGGUACCGGAUCCAACUGCUUAGGCCUCAGCGACGAGUUCAUCCAAGAAACAUGUAAAUCCUUCUGCGCCGUGUCAUCGCUGGAACGCACCGAUCAGCACAGCCUGCCGACCCCGGAGACGCGAGUAUUUCGACUCAAAAUGGACCUGUCCGCUUUCGGAUCCGAGUUCCGGAUACCGGAUAUCAGUCGGGCCGUGUUCUUUUUGAAAAUCUUCGGUACCUUUAGAAACCGGUACAUGAUGUUGAUGUGCCAUAGGGGAGAUUCGAACCUUGUUCGGCAGCUAAGGCUCAAUGUUGACCCAAUGCUGAUGCGCAAUAUAUUCCAAGAGUCCUACAACACCUAUAAGAGCAAGGGUGAACGGAAUAUGUCGGAUGUCGAGGCUCUCAACCUGAAAGCGAGUACCCGACUAACCGAGGUCAAGAUGUCGUACCGGAGAGAACCGCUUGUCUACAUCGAAGAGGAAAACAUGGUUGUGUCGGUAGAGGGCGAUGCCACUAGAAGUUUCAACUACAGUUUAGGUUUUGAGUUGAAUCUCGGUCUCAGGGGACUCGAAUGCCUCGAAAGGUUCAUCGACCAGCUCGUCCUCGCAGACGGUCUCAAGGACAUCGUCCAGGCCCUCAACUUCAAAUCCAAAUGCACCAAGAAACUCAACGAAGAUGCAAUAAAACACAGGCUCCAUGCAGAAAUGAGCAAACAUAAAAGCAAAAACGGUAGUCCAAAUAACAACAAUAAUCAUAAGGAUAACAACAAUUCAGAAAAUGGCAAUGGAUCAUAGCAAAAACACUGGUCCGAUCGGAAUCAAAUCUGCCAUUCCAUUUUCGAUUUUUUUUUUCAAAGAUGUACGUAUAAAGUCUGCACCAUAUUUGGACAUUAAGAUCAAUGCCAUGCAUUUUGUACAUGACUGAAUUGUAUAUUAGUGGCUGGUGUGAUAUUGGAAACUUUGGUCAAAUUUGGACACUGUUAAAAAAAUUUGGAGAACAAUGUCCACAUUUGUUGGCCUUUAUGUUUAUAACCAUGCUCAACGUAGAUAAGAAACAAAAUAAUAUCAGGAAGAUAACAUGAUGCAAUCUGGAACAAAAAGAUGUAAAAUUUAUGUAUCAAUUUAUUUUUUUUAGCUUCGGAAGCGUUUAUGCGCCAAUUUUUUUACCCUAGAAUCACGAUUUGAAACACGUUUUUGGAAACAUUUCUGCAAAUUUGAUUAUAAUUUUUUGUUUUGUUAUGUUAUUUGGUCGCAAGCUCGUUCGAACAUCCUUUGGUUGGAUGUGAUGGGCAUUUUCUUUAUUCAUAGGUUUUUUAUGUUGAUGGGGGCGCUAAAACGGAAUCUAGAACGCAAAAAAGACAGGUUAUCAUUGCAUUGGGACAGCGAGUUACAUGGUGCCAUUGAUUAUACUAUUUCCAUUUUUAUCCUCAAAAUUCUAGGCUCAUGAUAAUAAUAGAAUUUUUCGUGUGUAAGCUAGUGUCUUGAAAAUAACCACGUUAACUUGUGAUGGCAAAGUAAAUGCGAGUGCAAUAUAGGAUGAAUUGUCUUGUAAAUCUCGGUACUUUAUUUUGCUAGAUGUCGUCGAGGUGUCUAAUAAAUCGUUUUAUACUCUUUUCUGUAACAUCACAUCCCUGGCGGAUGGUGAUGGUAUUUUAUACCUAAAAAUGCAAGAAAACACACGUUUUUCAUAUCCAUGCAAUUCAUGGUGUUCAUAAAUGAUGGUAUUGCGUUACAUGCAUGUGUGUGGUAUAAAGUUGAACCGUAACAUGGGCGGAAAUCCCAGGGGGGACAGGGGGACGCGUCCCCUACUCAAUAAUAUAGUAUGGGGUGGACACAAUAUCAAAUGUCCCCCUACUCUUUUUUUUGUCUUUGUGAUGAAAAUAAAUACAACA